UUCAUGGAGAGUGGAUUUCUAAAGACUUGGCUGUCUAUAUGCAAGGCUGAGUACGUGCCUCUUGCGUAAGUGCGUGAUGUACGUACGUGCGUGAUUACGCGCCCCCGUACGUUCUUCGUGAAAGGGAUGACGGGAGCUGCAUGAAAGCGGAAGAGUUACGGACUGUUAGCACCUGUCACUAACCCCCGGUUUCCCGGAGUCAGUGGCAGCGAGCGACCUUGCAGCCCCGACAGGAGCCCGGAGCCCUUUGUUCUCACCGCGGCCCACGUCGCUUGCGAGCCCGUCGUCCUGGCUCCGGUGACCUCGCUGGGUCGCGGGGAGGCGGAGGACUGUUCUUCUGUUACCAAAAGCCAGAGUCGGCCCUGGACGCGACGACUCUCAGGGUCCGGAGGCCAUAACACCGGCCGCGGCUGAAAGGUAAAGAAGCUACGUGGAAGAGUGUUUCCUCUUCAGGCCGCAAGGCAGGUACUCUCUGCAGCACCAGCUGCCCUGCCCUACUCCAGACCUCCCCAAAGACUCCAUGAGAUGGAUCUGAGUCAGCCGAGUCCCAACCCCUCUUCUAGGGCCUGCCGUGGCACUGGACAUCAGUGACUGCGUUGUGACACACGGAAGCAGUGGACCAUCAAGGCCACGGGAGGCCCCGGGAGCUUGCGAAGAUGAAGUUUGGCUGCCUCUCCUUCCGGCAACCUUAUGCUGGCUUUGUCUUGAAUGGAGUCAAGACUGUGGAGACGCGCUGGCGCCCCCUGCUUAGCAGCUACCGGAACUGUACCAUCGCCAUCCACAUUGCUCACAGGGACUGGGAAGGUGAUGCCUGGCGGGAGCUGCUGGUGGAGAGGCUCGGAAUGACGCCUGCUCAGAUUCAGGCAUUGCUCCGAGAAGGGGAAACGUUUGGUCGAGGAGUCAUAGCGGGACUCGUUGACAUUGGGGAAACUUUGCAGUGUCCCGAAGACCUAACUCCUGAUGAGGUUGUGGGACUAGAAAAUCAAGCGCUACUGACCGGCCUGAAGCAGAAGUACCUGACUGUGAUUUCAAACCCCAGGUGGCUACUGGAGCCCAUACCUAGGAAAGGAGGCAAGGAGGUAUUCCAGGUAGACAUCCCAGAGCACCUGAUCCCUUUGGGGCAUGAGGUGUGACAAGUGUGGGCUCCUGAGAGGAGUGUUGCAGGGAACCCAGCUAAAUCAUGAUUUCAGUUCACCGUCAGUUGAAACCAGCUCCAGCUAAAUCAUUUAGCUGCUUUCAAUUCACCAUCAUGUUGCAGACCUACAUACAUUAGGCUAGAUCUGAAUUUCCCCUGCUUUGGAGAGCCCCAGCCACUAAGCACUGUGCAUGGAAACAGGUUUCUUUGCUCAGAGGAAGGAAGUAGGGGUGAGGCUUUCCUUGUGUGAUGCCUCUUUAGGCACACAGGCAGUGUCUCAAGUACUUUGUCCUUUGGGUAGAAGGAAAAGCUGCCAGUAAAUGUCUCGGCAUGGCUACAGUUUUGGUCCUGCUAAUUCCUGGAUUAUACAAAUAAAUGUGUUGUAGAUGA